UUAUCAACAUUUUAUGUUAUCUGUCAUAUAUUGUCACGCGUUCUUGCUUUAUUGUGUUAAAAAUAUAUUUGUAUUUUGUUUAUUUUUGGUGUACUAACAAAUAUCCUAUUUGUGUAAAGACGUUUAAUACUACAGUAACUACCCUUAGUGUUUAAGAUGAUAAGUGACGACGAUCGUGACAUUGAUAUCGAGAGUGAUGCGGAGAAUGAUUCUGAUUCCCGUACUCACAUGAGAAAUAGUCUCGGUGGAAGUGGUUAUUAUUCUCAGGCAGAAAAACGCGCACACCACAACGCUCUGGAGCGUAAACGAAGAGACCAUAUAAAAGACAGUUUCACUUCUCUAAGGGAAACUGUCCCUGCAUUGCAGGGGGAGAAAGUGGUAUGUAAUGCUAGCCGAGCACAAAUUCUAAAAAAGGCAGCGGAAUACAUUCAAUUCAUGAGACGGAAAAACAACUCGCACCAACAAGAUAUUGAUGAUCUGAAACGCCAGAAUACUUUGCUCGAGAACCAAAUAAAAGCAUUGGAAAAAGUACGAGCUACGGGCAACUAUAUUGAGGCACAUGAGUUAGCUCUUGGAAUCAAGUCGGAGGGCAGUUCCCAUGAUACGGAUAGUUCUGAUGGUGAAGGAACAACCAGACGCGUCAAGAAACUGAAGAUUAACAGCGUCAAUGUAUGAUUUAGAUUUAAAAUAAUGCAAUAGUGUGAAUCACUUUUUACUGGACUUUGAUUAUGAAAACGAAAAAAAAA